CCUGUAUUUCGCUUUAAAAGGGGUCGUAAAUUUGUUUCGCUUUCUUGUGGAUCUUACCAGCCCACCCACUGGCAUAAAAAAUUCAUAGUCAAAUAGUUUCUUGUAUUACUUUGCAUGUCCUGGUGCACAUUGUAAGGAACACUUUGCAAUUGGAAACUGCUUGUACCUCUGGAUGAUGUGGUUUUAAUUAUCAGCUGAGUUGAUAAUAUAAAUUGGCAACCGUAAAGAGUUUCCAAGGUUGACAUUUCAAGGGUCAGCCCUUUGUUAGAGCGAAGGCUCGUACCUCUGCUCUUUCAACCCUUAAAUUCUUGAUAGUGAUUAACGUCUGAUUUCUCGUUACAGUUUCACCCUGAUCUGAUCCAUUUUUGAAUGAAACUGAUAACUAACGUAGGAUCAAGAGAGGAUAGAGCUGUCUUGCUUACGAAGCUCUUUUUUGUUAAACAAGUUGUCUCUGUCAGUUCCAUAUAACUCCUAGAAAAGUAUUUCCUUGCAGCUAAGAAUAGGACCAAGUGUUCUCUCCUGUUUUGUUAUAUUUUCGGUUUUCACCUACAUGACUUGGUCCUUUUCAACUGUUUCUUUUCACAAUGUUGGUGUCCCUCGAAGUGUCAUCAUAGGCUGAAUCUCGAGAGGAGGCUUGCCAUAGUUUUGUGUAUCACAGUUGGUUGUUCGACGAAAAAUGAAAGCACAAAGAUGUUAAGUUCUUUCGUUAUUAGAGGCUAUGACGAAGUCAAACCGGUCACAGGCUGGUCAAAGGUAGAUUGUGAUUAUUUUUUCUGCAGACAAUCCCGAGCGGGCCUCAGGCGGGCAACAUGGAGCCCAUCCUCCAGCUCCCAUAGCCAAUCAGAUCUUUACAAUGGGCUAACCACAAUUUGAAGUUCCCGUAUAAGACAAGUCACGUCAGCAAGUAUCUCAUCAUCGCAGCAACAUGGCGGACAACCAUGAAGCGGUUGUGGACGGGAUCCGUGAAACUGACUUGAACGAAGAUAUGAUUUCUGGGGCUAUUGGUACCAGUGCAACCACACGAAUUGAUUUUGAAGAAGAUGAUCCACGACAUUUUCCAGGCAUGGACGAAAUGUUAAAAGUAGCUACCGAUUUACAAGACACAUCAGAACGUACGGUUCAACUGACGGUCGACGAUAAUAGUGAGUCACCCAGAUUAGAAAUGGAAAGUUCCGGGCCUUCUUCAUUGCCCCCAUGGCAGACACCAGCAGAAACUUAUCAAAAUGGUCAUCCUUCAUCUCAAGCUGUCAUUCGACCAGGCACUGCUCAGAAAAUAGAUCACUUAAAGAAAUGGAGUAUUUCAACAUACAAGUAUACUAGGCAGUAUCUUUCUGAGAGAUUUGGUAAAGGCACAAAGACUGUAGAUACCGAACUUGAAGGACAGAUUCUUUUGUUAAAGGAAACCCAAGUUAAGUAUGUCAAUGUUCUAAAACUAGCAAAACAGAUGACAAACCAUUUCCAAAAUAUGGUGCAAAGUCAAAGAAGUCUUGCUGAUGCCUUUGCAGAUUUAGGGAUGAAGUCACCUGAGCUCCAAGAUGAAUUCAACUAUAAUGCUGAAUCUCAGAGAUCACUUGUCAAAAAUGGGGAAGUUCUUCUUGGAGCACUAAAUUUUUUUACAUCAAAUUUGACAACUCUGGUGCAUAAGACCAUGGAAGACUCCAUCAUGACAGUGAAAGCUUAUGAAUCUGCUAGAAUAGAAUAUGAUGCUUACAGGACAGACCUAGAAUCCACCCAAGCUGGACCAAGAACAGCAGGGACAGCUCUGAAAGCUGAAGAGGCAAAGCAACAGUUUGAUGUUCAAAAAGAGAAAUUUGACAGGCUACGUGGGGAUUUAGCAAUCAAACUAAGAUUUCUGGAGGAAAACAAGGUGAAGGUGAUGCAUAAGCAAUUGUUGCUUUUUCAAAAUGCAAUUAGUGCUUAUUUUGCUGGAAACAAGCAAGCAUUGGAUAAUUGUAUAAAGGAAUUCCACAUUAAAAUAAAAAACAAUGAGGGCAAACAGCCAUCUUUCUUGGAACACUGAUGUUGUUGUGGAAACAUUUGUCAUCUGGGACUGUUAAUCAAAGACUCAGUAAGCUGCAGGCAUACUUGAAACUGAAAGGAUGUUUGGAAUUUUUGUUUGGCUAAAUUUUGUUGAUGUAGAAAGAAACAAAACUACAAUAUAAAAUGGAAAGAAGAAUUUUGAUUACUAUGUCGUAUGAAAUGGAAAGAAGAAUUUUGAUUACUAUGUAGUAUGAAAAUUUUUUGAUUUAAAUUUACAGUACUUCCUUGGAUUGUCCUCAGUACACAAAAAUACAUCAAAUUCCAGCAGGAAAAAAUUGCAUCAAUUUGCUCUUCUCAGUUAAACAAGAAAGUUCUCAAGAAAAUAAUUUGUCACUUCAGAUUCAUAAUAUUGAGGGUCAUAUGGAUUCAAAAUAUCAACGAAUGAAUAAUCUUCUGUAUAGUUGUCUUGUCAGCUAGGCUUUGCAAUCUCCUGCAUGUCAAUCAGAAUGCUGUAAGAAUGAGCUCCCAGAAGACAUUUCAGCUCUCUGGAAUGGCAAAUGUUUGUAAGAAAAAUGCAACGAAUUGCAAAUCCUUCAAAAUAUGACUCUUGAGAAAUUUUAUGCUACUUGGUAAAUAUUGUUUUAUCCUUUCUUCAUGACAGUCAAAUGGUAAGUCAAGCUGAUUAAUCGAGAUUGUAAUUCCAAAGAUAAAGCAAAGUGUUAUUAGUGGUAGGGUAGAUUAAAAUUUAACUUGUGGUAUUGUGUUAGAUGGAACCAAAUAAAAGUAUGACUUGAAAGCCAUCUAGAA